AUGAUAGCCAUUCUGACUGGAGUGAAAUUAAACCUGAAAGCGGUUUUAAUGUACAUUUCCCUGGUGGCCAAAGAAAGAAGACAUAGCUCAUCUAGCAAGCCUUCUUUGGCCGUUCCUCCCAGCUCAGUAUUUUCCUUCUUCCCUUCUCUGUCCAAAAGCAAAGGCGGCAGUGCAAGUGGAAGCAGCCGGUCUUCCAGUGGAGGGGUCCUUUGUGCACCCUCAUCAAGUUCCAAGUUACUGAAAUUGCCCAAAGAGAAACUGCAGCUCAGGGGGACCAUCAGGCCCAUGCAUCCCAUUCAGCAGACUAAAGUCCCCCAUGCUAGAGUCAGCAUGACGCCCUCUGUGAAGGUGGAAAAGAUGCAUACGAAGUUGGAUGGCACACUACUGAAAUCUACAGUGGGGCCAACCUGUCCUGCUACUGUGAGUUCCUCAGUCAAGUCUGGCCUUAACUGCCCCUCAAUACCAAAGCCAACCUUGCCUUCACCUGGUCAGAUUCUGAAUGGCAAAGGGCUCCCUACCCUGCCCACUCUGGAAAAGAAAUCUGAAGACAGUUCUAAUAACAGGAAGUUUUUAAAUAAGAGAUUAUCAGAAAGAGAGUUUGAUCCUGACAUCCACUGUGGGGUCAUUGAUAUGGACACCAAGAAGCCCUGCACCCGGUCUUUGACAUGCAAGACACAUUCCUUAACCCAACGGAGGGCUGUUCAGGGUAGAAGAAAACGAUUUGAUGUGUUAUUAGCCGAGCACAAAAACAAAGCCAGGGAAAAGGAAUUGAUUCGCCAUCCAGACUCUCAGCAACCAUCGCAGCCUCUCAGGGACCCGCAUCCCACCCCUCCUAGAACGUCGCAGGAGCCACACCAAAAUUCUCAUGGAGUGAUUCCUUCAGAAUCAAAGCCUUUUGUAGCUAGUAAACCUAAACCUCAUACCCCUAGUCUUCCAAGGCCUCCAGGCUGCCCUGCUCAGCAAGGGGGGAGUACACCCAUUGAUCCUCCUCCUGGCCAUGAGUCUCCACAUCCUCCCCUGCCUGCCACUGAGCCAGCUUCUCGGUUAUCCAGUGAGGAGGGUGAAGGUGAUGACAAAGAAGAGUCUGUUGAAAAACUGGACUGUCACUAUUCAGGUCAUCAUCCUCAGCCAGCUUCUUUUUGCACAUUUGGGAGCCGGCAGAUUGGAAGAGGUUAUUACGUGUUUGACUCCAGGUGGAACCGGCUUCGCUGCGCCCUCAACCUCAUGGUGGAGAAGCAUUUGAACGCGCAGCUGUGGAAGAAAAUCCCACCAGUGCCCUGUACCACAUCACCUGUCUCUGCACGUGUUCCUCACCGGACAAACUCUGUGCCGACAUCACAGGGUGGGAUCAGCUAUUUUGCAGCAGCCACUGUCUCUACAUCCCCAGUUCUGCUGUCACCUACCUGCAUCUCCCCAAAUGGCAAAUCGGUACCAGCUCAUGGAACCACACUAAAUGCACAACCUGCUGUUUCUGGGGCGAUGGAUCCUGUGUGCAGUAUGCAAUCCAGACAAAUAUCCUCUUCCUCCUCAUCCCCCUCCACACCCUCUGGCCUCUCUUCAGUCCCUUCCUCCCCUAUGUCCAGAAAACCUCAGAAGUUGAAAUCUAGCAAGUCUUUAAGGCCCAAGGAGUCUUCUGGUAACAGCACUAACUGUCAUGCCAGUAGCAGUGCCAGUGGCGGCUCAGGAAAGAAACGCAAAAACAGUUCCCCACUGUUAGUUCAUCCUUCCUCCUCUUCAUCGUCAUCCUCUUCUUCUCAUUCCGUGGACUCUUUUAGAAAAAACUGUAUGGCUCACUUGGGGACUCCAUUCCUGUCAACAGCAGCAUCUUCUCACAGCAUUGGCCUCAACUGUGUGACAAAUAAAGCACACUCUGUGAGCCUCAGGCACGAGCAAACAGGGAGGGGUCCCCCUGGCGGGAGCCCUGCAGAGUCCAUCAAGAGGAUGAGUGUGAUGGUGAACAGCAGCGACUCUACUCUUUCUCUUGGCCCGUUUAUUCAUCAGUCUAGUGAACUGCCUGUCAAUUCCCAGGGCAGUUUUUCACACUCACACACUCCUCUAGACAAACUCAUAGGAAAGAAAAGAAAGUGCUCACCGGGCUCUAGCAACAUCAACAACAACAGCAGCAAGCCCACAAAGGUUGCCAAACUGCCAGCCAUGAACAAUGUCCAUACGAAACACACCGGCACCAUCCCAGGGGCACAAGGACUGACGAACAAUUCCCUCCUUCAUCAGGAUAUCUCCUCACCUUGCUUACGAACAGGAAUUUCAGCAGCAGCACCCCAGAGCCCUGACUUAAAAACCAAAGGCACGUCCCUGACAGCUGACAGUACCACUGGAAGGAGUAAUCCAGACACUUUCGAGGACAAGUUACACCUCCACUCAGCACUCUGGACUCCACGAUGCCUUUGAGUCUCUUUUCCCAAACUCCUGUGGGCCUCCAGGGUAACCUGUGGCUGUUUUAUGAGGAUUUUUCCGAAGCUGUGUCUGUAGCAGUGAGUACUCAUAAAGGACACUGGAUCAAGUUCAGCCACCGGAUUGCUUUUAUCAGUGUUAAAGUGGUCUGGACUGCUUGCUACCAAUCUGUGAGAAAUCUGUUUGUGUGUGUUUGUUAACUUGCAGCAUAUCAUGGAGCCACUCUUCAAGUAGACUGGCUGGGCAGAAGAAUGUUUUGGAAAGAGCAUUACUGUAAACUGCCCCUCCCCGCCUUCCCCCCCAGAUCUUUUUUCAGUUUUGGUUUUGUUUUAACACACCAUCUUCUGUAGCUCACUCUCCAGCAGGUAGGCACCUUAACUGGAGACUGGAGGCCUUGCAAAGGGUAGCAAAUCGCAUCCUGAGUAGCCUCCUAGGGAAGAAAAUUGGCUUUAGGGUUUUCUAGCAGUGGAGUAGAGUAUACGGGUGUUGGUCAGUGUCUCGUGACACAGUAGCCCAGCCUUUUGCAAUUGAUUUAGGAUAAGAAGCAUGUUAUAACCUUCAAACUUUGGAACUGGUUUGAAGACAUUGAUGGCCGAAUGGAAAGUGUAAACUAUAUUGAAAGUUUACUUUUCAUGGUACAAAAGCAAUUCUUUGUGAUAAAGAGAGAAGAAAGAAAAACAGACAAAAAAACUAGUUUUGAUAAUGAAAAGCCAAUUGAGGCAGUGGGUUAGGGGAGGUUAAAAAAAAAAAAAAGUAGGGCAAAACUUGAAAAAUUUCCAAAGAGAUGGACUUUUUUGUUAAAGUUUUCAUGUUAAACAGUGUGUCAGAUUGGGCUGUUGUCUUACUCGGUCUGCUUUUUAAGAACUGCCUUUCUGGACACCCUUAAAUGCCCCCCAGGCAUUACUCCUAUUCUCCUCUUCGGACACUGCUUUAGUACAAGUGUACAUUUCUGCUCCCAGUGCUCCUGGCACUGUGUGUGUGUCACACUUCCCUUCAGGCCACUACACGGUUAUUUGGAUGCAUGCAGGCUCAAGAGCAGACCACAAGGAAGAGCAGUAGGAGAGCCUUGUGUGUGUGCCGUGAGCAGGCUUCCUGAGGUAACAGUGUUUACUCGUACACACCCUCCUUUCUUGGGGUCAAUGGAGGCCAUCUUCCCUCCUGACACUUGGAGCCCUCCCAAGAUUUCUUUUUCAGUACCCCACUCAGAACAUUCAAUCUGUAGAACAGCAUUGCUUGAGAAGGCGUCUAUCAGUGAGUUUGGGAUGGUCUGGAGCCACCGCCACAGCUCCUGAACAGAGAGCCAGGCCCUCUGGCUUAGAGGAGAGCACAAUGGAGUGGUAGAAUUCCCAAAGCUCUGGACAGUGCCUUGGCAGAGCCAGCCAGGGAUCCUUUUCCCCUACAGUUCUUAGGUUACAAACUUCCAUUUCAGGGAAUUUCAAGUCAACAACAGGUAGAAUGAAUUAUAUACUUGGUUACUAGCCUAAUAAUGUGAAUUGCUACAGACUUACUCUUAUUAUGUAAGAAAACAAAGACUUUAUGCUGAUACUUUAGCUAUAAAUUGAUGUAAAAUAACGAUUUUUUUUUUUUAGGGAAAGGAGAACAGAAUCUUAUUCACUUAUUAUGCAAUCAGUCAGUAAAUGUUUUUAAGAUGAUGCUAGAGGAGAGCUCUAAGGAGAGAGCGUGAACGGGCCAGUGUGGAAGGUUAGGAGAGUCAGUCCGCUUCCAUCCCAGUGGUAGGGAGAGGAGGAGAUACAAGGGAAUCAGAACUUACCUAGUGAUUCCUUGCUGACAAGUGCAAUGGGGUGUGGGUAGAAUUUAUUUUCAGAGCCAGGGGGACUUGAUGGUUAUAAAUUAAGUUGCUUUUAGUGAUGGAAUUUAUAGACAGGUCAUGUUGUUCUGAAAGAUGUGAAUAGGAUCCACAAUAGCAAGUUUAUUCAGAAUAAUGUAGAUACUUAGAUUAGUGAGUGUUGAUCAUUUGAUUUCUUAGACUGGGGUUUUAAUUGAAUUUCAUUAUGUCUCCCGGUAAUAUACAGAGCCUCGGGAUUAGGAAAUUAGCCAUUUUGGAUUCUGCCUGCCACAAACAGACUUAUUCUAAACAGUGCUAUUAAAUUUUAGACUGUUCAAAUAUUUUAUUUUCUCUGACAGCUACUUUUUAUGAUAAUGAACAAUUAAGACCAUUUAAACUACGGGAGUACAAAUAUUUUUUUUAAUUAAAUUAACUUGAAAAACCAAAUUUGCAGUGGUUAGGUUGUUUCUAGACAGACUUUGGUAUCAAUUUAAAACCAAGAUAAUUUUUAUAUUCUUUCCAAUAGAAUUCAUGACAACUUCUGCGGUUUUCUUAACCUACAAAAAAGUGCUGCAAUGAUGAACAAAGAAUUAUACAAAACCUACUUUUGUAUCUUUAUUUUGGGAUUUCUUGUUCUAUUAUAAAUAUGGAAGUAUCCCUAUUUCAGAAGACAUAUUUUGUUAAAAAUGAAUUGUACAUAUUUAAAUACGUAUUUUUGCACAGGUCUUUUUUUCUGAUACCCUGUUUUGGUACAAUUGAGAUCAUCUAGUAUUUAUUUAUUAAUUAAUAAAAAUAAAUACCUUUUUAUAAUUUGAAGUGGUUCACUGCCAAGCCAAUAGUUCUAGAACCCACCUCCUUUCCAGUUGAAGGGAUGCCUCUGUUCUGUGAAGUCUGUGUCCCUUAGUGUCUCGGAGUGACUCGUGCAGAUGAAGUGGGCGUUGCUUCUCUCGGUUGCCUGAUUUCCGGAUAAACUACAUGUAACUAAGUGACACACUGCUUUUCUUUUAUUAGUUUUAUGUGCGAGUGUGUGUGUGUGUGUGUGUGUGUGUGUGCGCGCACGCGGGUGCGUGUGCCUGUGUGUACACUCUGGGUACACGUGUUAUUAGUAUGUGAUAUGGUUUAAAGUUAAUGGGAAUAAAAACUGAAAGUGCCUGAACCUAGUUCUAAGCUUAGACAGAUUCUCUUUACAAAGACUUGAAUGUUCAGUUUAACUUCUGGAGUUUGCUUUUUCCACCUAAAUAUUAUUUCUAAAAUUUUAGGGGAGGAGUUACCAAGGCUGGUAAUUUUUAUAAGGUAUUUUAAAAUUAAAACCUUUUUGUUCACAGUAAUUCAACUAGUGAUGGAUUGCCCAGUGGCACCAAGGGUUACAAAUCUUUGUCAGCCAGCAACCUACAGGAUGUGUCCGUUUUGUUAUUCAUGAAAUACAGAGUUUAAGAUAGAAUAUUUAAAAUAUUUUGUAUUCCAAGAAAAUAAUACAAAGAAGUACCUCUGAGAACAUUGAAAAAAAUGUAUAAUUUGAAAAAAAUGUAACAUACAGGCAGCUGUCUUCCUGUAAGAGUUCUGUUGCCAAGGAAUUUCUUAAUUUCUCUCAUUCUGUCCUGGGGGUGGGGGGAUGGGCUUUGAAAGAUGAUUGUUAAAAAGUUUCAUUGUUUAGAAGAACAUAAUCCUUUUUAAAUUUUGUGUAAGACAUUUUACCUUUGCAGAUCCUUUAAGUGAGCACUGCAUCCUGUCAGUGUGACUGUAGGGCCUUGAAAGAAUUGUGACUUUUUUUGAGCUUGGUUAUAAAAGCAAUCUCCUGUGUUAAGACGUGUGAAUAGUUUGAUAAAUAUGUACACAUCAUCAAGAGCAUCUCAGCUGGACUUUGUGGGCUGCUGUACAGAACAUGAACAAAUGUCAAGGGAUAGAAAAUUACUUUGGAUAUUUAAAAGAGAAGAAAUAUAUAGUCUAUUUGUUUUGUAACAAGUUUCUGUAAAUAAAAUAAUUUAUACUAUUUAUAAGAAAAAGUUGUGCUUUGCUUUAUGAGAAAUUAGUUUGUGGAACAAACAUGUUACUAAAUGGGCAAUAAAAUUAGGAUUUCUCAAUAAAUAAGGUUGGUUGCAUAAAC